AUGGAUCCCGGAAUAUUUGAUCUAGCUUACUCUGCAGAGUUAUUGAAGCAUAUGGAUAAGCAGAAUGAGAUCCUUAUGGAAGCAUAUAGAUCAAUGCUCCAUAAUUCGCAAAAACUUCAGGUCGAAGAAGAAAUGCUUAUGCACAAGCUCUAUGAAGUUAUGUCAGCUCAUGGUCUAACUAAAAAGAGUGAUGGCAAUUCCAAUGCUGUUGAUAAUGUUGGAGCUUUAACUGAAAAUAACAAUAAUGAAGCUGUUGCACACCCCAGUAGUAUAGAAACUCGUAGGCAACAAAGGGAAAUCACUCCUUUUCAAUAUACUUAUAGGAAGAGAUAA